AUGACCUCUGAACGCAUAGCUAAGCACUCAACUCGAUUCAUUGCUGAUUUUAAAGAAGACCCAAUGCUUCACACACCGGCCAGGAUAUCAUGCCAUCCUGGGACCGGAUCGUACGUGGUAGCGUCGCUCAGUGAGCAGGGUCGUCCAACGACGAAUACACACUUCCGCGAUGGCGACACGGACAACGACACUGAGAGCAUGUCGGCAAACAAAUGCGCUCCACCGCCAAACGGCGACUACCGUACGCAAAUAGGUGCUCUGCGCGAUUCGUACGCUCUCUCGGCCGUCGUCUUUCAAGGUAUCAGCGGCAUCGCACCAACCACCACCGACUUAUCAACACAACCAGGUGUCGCGAACACUUAUCUCUCCUGCACCGCGUACACUUGA